CACUGCUCAGUCAGGUGUUUGUUUGUGCAAUGCUGGGAUACUGUGUGUUUGCCGAUACUUUGAGUGAGUGUGAAUCGCUGGGAAGUAAAUGCCACAUUUACGCUGAAUGCCUCAAAACCAAAACGGGGGACUUUGUUUGUGUGUGUCGAAACGGCUACCAGGGAAAUGGCCUGCAAUGUGUUGACAUUGACGAGUGUGUUAGCGGCAUCCACAGCUGCCACACAAAGGCCCGCUGCAGCAACACGCCAGGAAACUACAACUGUGUGUGUCUGGACGGCUACUUCGGCGACGGCUUCCAAUGUCAGGACAUCAACGAAUGCCAAACCAAGAACGGGGGCUGCCACGCCAACGCCACCUGCACCAAUAAAGAUGGAGGGCGAGACUGCAAGUGCAAGGGGGGCUUCAACGGCGAUGGGUUUCAGUGCACGGACAUCGACGAAUGCGCAAACCAUGGCAUCUGCCACUGGAACGCCACUUGUACUAAUAAUCCCGGCUCAUAUGUGUGUACCUGUAACGCGGGUUUUAAGGGAAAUGGGAACUACCUGUGCCUGGAUAUAGAUGAGUGUUCAGAGACACCCGGCGUCUGCUCCACCUCCUUUGGCUACAAAGGUUGUAAAAAUCUGCCUGGAUCCUACCAAUGCACUUGCAGCCCCGGCUACCAAGGCAACGGGCAGACCUGUGUGGACAUUGACGAGUGCGCUGCUAACAUCUGUAGCGUCUACGCCGUCUGUGUCAACCUGCCUGGCUCAUACCAGUGCACCUGCUUCGAAGGACUCACCGGGAACGGGUUGACCUGCCGGGACAUCAACGAAUGUAACGGGGAGAACGCAUGUGACACCAACGCAAACUGUCUCAACGUGCUGGGCAGCUACGAAUGCGCAUGCCGCUCCGGAUAUCGAGGGGAUGGAAAAAAGUGCACGGACAUUGACGAGUGUUCCCUGCCUAAUGUCUGCCCCGCUUCCGCAGCGUGUGUCAACACCAGGGGCUCCUUCUACUGCGACUGCGGCACGGGCUACACCUUUAACGUCUCGUGCGUAGACGUGGACGAGUGUGCCACCGGGCGCUGUAGCCCCUUCGCCAGUUGCACCAACUUCCCGGGCUCUUUCACCUGUGAGUGCCGGGUCGGGUACAGGGGCAAUGGCAUCACUUGCGAGGACCUGGACGAGUGCUCCAUGGCACAGCAGUGCCACUCCAAUGCUGUCUGCACCAACCUGGUGGGAACGUUCAACUGCAGCUGCCAGCCGGGCUACUCCGGAGACGGGCUGACCCAGUGUACGGAUGUGAACGAGUGCCUGGUGGACAACGGAGGUUGCCGUAACAAAGCGACCUGCGUCAACAGCAAAGGCUCCUUCACAUGCCUGUGUCCGCCCGGGUUCGAUCUGGUCAACCGCACCGUCUGCCUGGAUAUCGACGAGUGCCAGGUCCUGAAGGAGCCGUGCCGCCUGAACGAGCGAUGCUCCAACACAGAGGGAGCUUACGAGUGCACCUGCCACGCGGGCUUCGCGCGACCCACGGGGUCCGUGGUCUGCACGGAUGUAGACGAGUGCAGAAUACAAAAUCCCUGCCACCCCAACGCCACGUGUUUAAACACAGUGGGCUCUUACACCUGUACCUGUAAGCGUGGCUUCACAGGCAACGGCUCCAGGUGUACAGAUGUAGACGAGUGUGCUCAAAAUGACAUCUGCCACCCGCGUGCUCUGUGUACCAAUGUCCCUGGGGGCUACUCCUGCGCCUGCCAGCCGGGCUUCACCGGCGACGGCUCCUUGUGCCAGGACGUGGAUGAGUGUGCCCUUCCUAGCACCAGCCGAUGCCCCCCCAUCUCCAAGUGCCUCAACUCCCCCGGAGCUUACGUAUGUUCAUGUAUGAAUGGAACAGUGGUGGCUAAUGAUACCUGUGUGGCCCCUAGUCCUCAGUGUGCCCCUGCCUGCCACACUCACGGGCUCUGCCACCGCUCGCCCGCUGGCUACCAGUGCGUGUGUGACUUGGGUUUCAUCGGCGAUGGACUCACCUGCUCUGAUGUAGAUGAGUGUCAGCAGGAAAUGUGCCCCCAGAAGGAGAUGGAGUGUGUGAAUAGUCCGGGCUCGUUUGACUGUGUCUGUAAGGUUGGUUACAGACUGAACGAGGCAAACUGCCUUGACGUGGAUGAGUGUGAGUCUGGAGACCUGGAGUGCAGUAAGUUUGCCAAGUGUGUGAACACCAUGGGGAGUCACCAAUGUUUCUGUCUCCGUGGUUUUACUGGCAAUGGCAAGAAUUGUUCCGACAUUGAUGAGUGCCAAACCCAACAUGGAAGCUGCCACCCCUUUGCCAGCUGUUUAAACACGGCCGGAUCGUUCGACUGUACCUGCCCGCCUGGCACAGAGGGUACUGGCUUUGAGUGCCAGGAUGUAGACGAGUGUGCUGAAAACUCAUCCCUGCCUCACAACUGCAGUCUCCUGGCUCUGUGCAACAACAUGGAGGGUUCCUACCACUGUAUUUGCCAAGAGGGGUUUCAGGGGGACGGCUUCUUCUGUGAGGAUGUGAAUGAAUGUCUCUCACCCUUGACAUGCAAGGGGAACAUGACCUGCCACAACACCCCUGGGGGAUAUAACUGCACCUGCACCCUGGGCGUGACCUACGACACGGGCACGUGUGUGAGCGAGGAGGACUGCCUGGAUGCCAGCAGCUCGUGCCACCCUCAAGCAGCGUGCCAACACAACCAAGGCUCCUUUUACUGCCGCUGCUUGGACGGUUUCCACGGCAAUGGCACGGUGUGCCGGGACGUGGACGAGUGUCGCCAGUCGGGGCGGGAUUACUGCCCCGAGUUCUCCGACUGCUUCAACACAUACGGUUCCUACACAUGCGAAUGUUGGGACGGUUACCAGGACGACGGGGCUCGCUGUGUGGACGUGGAUGAGUGUGCAGCCGGGAGCUACACCUGUCCUGACAACAGCACCUGUUCCAAUGUGGAGGGUGACUACCGAUGCCCCUGCGACCUGGGGUUUCUGGCGAGUAACAACACUCUCUGUCUGGAUGUUGACGAGUGUGCUUUGGGGCUGAAGCUGUGCCCAAAUGUCUCUGAUUGCCAGAAUACACCCGGCUCUUUCGCCUGCGACUGCUGGCAAGGGUACCGGGCAAAUGGCACAGCUUGCGACGAUGUCGAUGAAUGCCUGGACGACACCGCCUGUCCAGCGAACGCCGCCUGUGUCAACACCUACGGCAGCUUCCUCUGUCCAUGCGACGUCGGGUUCUUCGGUGUGCACGGUCACUGUGAGGACAUCCAGGAGUGCUUGUUCCCCAGCAACGGGCCGCUGUGCACCGACGGAACGUGUGUGAACACCGUGGGUUCAUUCUUUUGCUUGUGCGACAAGGGCUUCUGGAGCAACGACACGGAGUGUGUGGAUGUGGAUGAGUGUUCUGAGGCUUACUCCAACUCGUCUGUCUCCGUCUGCCCGCCCUACUCCACCUGCAUGAACCUCCACGGCUCCUACCGCUGUCCCUGCGCCGACGGCUUCACCCCAAAUGGCCCAGCUUGCCUGGAUGUAGAUGAGUGCGGGCCCCUCGGCGGAGCUCCCUGCAUGGAGCAUUCUGUGUGCAAAAACACAAUUGGCUCCUUCCUGUGUUCCUGUUUGCCCGGGUACCAGCCGCGGGCACAAGGCAAUGAAACGGCGUGCGAGGAUAUCGAUGAGUGCCUCUUUAACUCCACAUGUCGAGGUGACCACAUGUGCGUUAACUUGCUCGGGACAUACCGCUGCGAAUGCCCCGACGGUUACCAUGAGGAAGAGGGAGCGUGUGUGGAUACGGACGAAUGUGGGAACGGUAAUGGUGAACGGGCGUGUCACCCCUCGGCUGGCUGCUGGAACACCCCCGGCUCCUUCGCCUGCCGCUGCCCCCAAGGUCAUGAGGGCGACGGCACCUGGUGCAGGGACGUUGACGAAUGCUCCGGCCCGACGGCGCCCUGUCAUAAACGUGCCCUCUGCUCCAACACGCCCGGGUCGUUCCUGUGCGCGUGCCCGCCCGGUCUCCUGGGCAUUGGGAACCUGUGCGUGGACCUGGAUGAGUGCCAGCAGAACAACGGAGGAUGCCACCCUGCUGCUUCCUGCUCUAACUCCGUGGGGGGAUUCAGGUGUCAGUGUGCCCACGGCUGGGAAGCCAGGGGGCAGAGUGGGGGGCAAGGAGGGUGUGUUGACCAGGAUGAGUGUGUUUCACCCAAUGCCUGCCCCGCACACACGUCCUGUAGAAACUACCCAGGAUCCUUCAACUGCUCCUGUACCUCUUAUAGCAUCUGUGCCGAGCUGGCGAAGAAGGAGAGCAAUCUAUACCCAUUUGGUGAUGAGGUGGGAGACAGAGAAUUAAAGUUGGAUGCAGAAGAUGGGAACUCUCCCUACAUCACGCCACCGAUAGGAUUUCUCUUCAUGGGAAAGCUGUUUGAUCGGGUCUAUUUCUCAGAUAAUGGACUUGUCCAGUUCCAGUCAGUUAGUCAGAACGAGCAGUUCCUUUUUCCUACACCCUUUCCUAAUGGUUUCCGCGGCAAUGAGAGCCUAGCCUUGUUGGCUGUUUUCUGGGAUGAUGUUGACCUCACCCUUGGGGAGGGGAAGCUAUUCUUUCAGGAAUACCACACGCUGAAUAUGUCAGAUAUAUAUUCCCAAAUUGUCUUCAACCGUACAGCGGAGGAUGUGACACUGUAUGAGGAAAACCACAACAAAGCACCAUUCACCCCCGCUUGGAUUCUAAAGAUCACCUGGGAUCAUGUCAUGGCUGUCUCAUACCAGAAAAUCAACAAUUCUGAGACCAACACCUUCCAGUGCAUCCUGACUACGGAUGGGCAACGCUCCUUCGCCCUGAUACACUUCGGGGAAAUGCGUUGGGGUCCUGGCCAGAGGAUCCACCAUGAUGCCCUGACAGGCUACACUGACGGUAAAAGCCACUUCUUCAACGAGAACACAAAGUCAGCCAACCGGUUUGGCCCAGGUGGGCGGUAUAGGCCCCAGGAAGUGUUAGGGAACACAGGAAAGCUGGGAAAACUGGUGUAUGACCUGACGGGCCCCACAGAGCUUGAAUGGGACCCCGAGGUGAGGUGCCAGGCAUGGGCCAUGAAGGAGCCUGAGCCGAAGGACUGGGCCACAGGGGUGCCAUCGUGCCCCUGUACCCGGGCACAAGCAAUGGAACACCUGGCCUUCGGGCCAGAGACCCUGCCUGCCAACUUGCUGGACCGGACACGGGUACAAGAGCUACGGGGAAUGCGCUGGGGUGGUAGCGGGGGGGACGUCUUCCAGUCCAUCCUGACCAAUAGGUACGGAUCAGGGAAGAGAUGCGUGUAUGAUCUGGAAGGUCCGCUGUUGGCCGGAUACAGUGAGCGCUAUUUCUCUGGAGCCACCGCACAGAAACACAUAGAUGAGGAUCUCCUUCCAUUCCAAAGGUGUUGCAUCCAGGCUGCUCUGUGCCACCUUUAUCUGGCCAAGAGACCCCUGGAUCGUUGCCAAGGUUACGGCUGGUUGAAACCUGACUCCAGUGUACCAGCGGCCAAGGCAACGCAAGGCAUUGGCAUGGUGUACGGCAGCCUUCAUUUCAUCACCUUCGAUGGGACUGAUUACUCCUUCAAGGCCCUGGGCCAGUUUGUCAUUAUGCGCCUGUCCUCCUACACGGGCUCCAACACCUUCACCUUGCAGGGUGAGACGGGACAGCUGGUGACCCACGGUCAGGCCAGACAGGUCCCCACCAUGGUGAGGAUGGCUGCCUUCCACCAGGGCAUUGGCAAGGUGGAGUGGCAGUGUGCAGAGUCAGGAGAUGGACUGAAGGUCCUGGUGGACGAUAUAGAGGUUCCAGUCUCUGUCGGUGUAGUACAUAUGGGCAAGGAAGGCUUUGCGGUGCGCUGUACCUUGGUCAGUCGAUGCGCGGCGGUGUACGCUGGGGGGCUCCAUGUGACCGUGAUGAGGGUUGCUGGAGGAGGAUGUCAGCAGGCUGCUCUGGUGGAGGUCCCCCAGACCUUCUACAACCGUACCGUGGGCCUACUGGGCCUCUGGAGCUCUAACCGCACUGAUGACUUCCUGCAGUGUAACGGAAAGCUAUUGGUUCCCCCGAAAAACAACUCUCUCUCAGAGGAGAGCCUCCAUCUCUUCGGCCUGUCCUGGGCAGUGCCCGGUCCGGAGAGCCUGCUUUUCUCCACCGCUCACUCUGAUAGUUUUACUCCAGUCUCCACCAAUGAACUGAUGUCGACAAGUCCAGCUGUACUAGACCAGUUGACAAAGACAUGUCAGGGCAGUUUGCAUUGUGUCCAUGACAUCCUGGCAUCUAAUAACACUGACCUGGGCCUGCAGAGUCUAAAGUCCCAGGAACUGUACCAAAACCUGGCUACACUGUUCGGGAACUUGCCUCCCAUUGUGACGGAGCCCACAGUGAUCCGUUGUAAGGUCAAUGCCACCUUGAAUGUGACAAUCAGUGCAGAAGAUGCCAACCUAGACCCUAUAAGCUUCUCACUGCUCCUCCCCAGACCACCAAAAGCCUCCAUUGGGAAAAGUGAUGGCAUUUUGACCUGGACCCCCCUGGACAUCCAGCCUGUCUACCUGACCAUCAGAGUGACCGACCAGCUGUCCAGCUCUCAGUUCACCCCCAUCCUGCAGGUGUGCAACUGCUUCAAUGGGGGCACCUGCCAAUACAACACCAUAGUGGACAACAAUCUGCAGGGGAAGUUUCAGGUGGUUGGCUGUCUAUGUCCUAAGGGCUUCAGUGGGAAAUUCUGUGGCAGUACCACCGACGUGUGUAAAGGGAUGCCAUGCUUCCCAGGAGUGCAGUGCCAGUCCCUGCCUCAGUUCCAGGGAGAGACAAACCAGUUCACCUGUGGAGAAUGCCCCCUACCAACCGUCUCCAAGAACAAGCCGGGAUACAAGUGCUUUGUGAAUGACUUCUGCCUCCCUCCCUUCCCCUUUCCCUGUCACAUGAUGGCCACAUGCCUCAGCUCUGGGUACAGCUACACCUGCAAGUGCAUGCCUGGCUUUACUGGGGAUGGACGCAACUGCACAGACAUAAAUGAGUGUUUGGACCCCGCAACUUGUCCCAACGCCAAAUAUGAGUGCGUGAACCUGCCGGGGUCCGUCCAGUGCACCUGUCGCUACCAGAGCACCGAUGACAACGAUGACUGUGGGGACUCUGCAAACCCACCAGGGUUCAAUGUCUUCAAUGUCUCCUUGGGCUGGAAUAGUCGGUUGUCCGGAGAAGAGGGGGUGAAAAAGAUGGUCAGAAUUCUUUCCAUGGGCUUCCAGAACAAGUUCUACAAUGCUUGGAUGGUAAAGCAGAUGCAGGGCUCAGGUCUGGAGGAGUACAGGAUCAACAUGUCCAGUGACACGCCCCACUGGUACAUCAAAGACUACCUGAACCGCGUGAGCACCUACCACGACAUCAGAACUGCUGAGGUCAUAGACUUGGAUGAGUGUCUGUCAAACCAGACUGUGUGUAGGCAUCCUUCAAUUUGUGCCAACACCUACGGUUGGUACAAGUGUGUGUGCAGCGGUAUGAGCGAGGAGGACAACACAGAAUCCUGCAUUUUCGAGAAGGGUGCUGGGAACAGGACGGUGUCAGACAAGACAAAGGAUAAGACAUCCCUAAUCGUUGGCCUGGUUCUGGGUAUCGUGGUCCCUCUGCUCUUCCUCCUGGCUGCCCUCGCCUAUUUCUGCUGCUCCCCCAAGCCCAUCAUAAUCCCUCAUCAGUCAGCAGAGCAGGACCCUCCCCCCCCCUUCAACUACUCAGACCCGUCUCUGCACUACAAAGUCCACGUCAGCCCGCGCCUCAUCGACAACCUCCCACCCAGGAAGUGUCAGAAUGCACGCUUCCACCACGCUUAAGAGGGACGUGGUGAUUGUGCGAUGUUUGUUUAGUUAAGAUAACAUAUAAAUAGGUUAUAUUAUUUAUACUGCAGUGUGUGACAACCCAAUGCUUUCAGCUGGUGAGUUGUCGAAGCCCAAUGUAUUUCAUCAUACAACUGAAGCAAUUAUUCUCACAUACUGUGGUCUGUUUGUCAAACAAUGGACAGACACCCAAGGUGAUUACAA